GAGCCUUUUGAAGAGGAGGAACUUGUUCCAACUGACACAGAGGCUGAAGAAACAAACGCAGAAGAGCCUGCAGUGAACAUGGGGCCUCUCAUUACAAUACCCGAGCUGGAGCUACAUCGGAAAAUGAAAGAGGCAGAGACAUCCCUAGCCAGACAGGUUCAGGAGACCCGGAAAUGGAAACUGCACUGGUCCAGGCCAACGACUACCUGGAAAAUUGCCAGCGUCAGAGGGAGGAGGAAAGGUCCCAUCUCCUGGCCAAGCAAAGGGAGGAAAUCUCAAGCCUUAAGGCCGUAGUGAUCCUGGCUAAGGAAAACCUGGACAAGGAGAGGCUCCAGUGGCACAAGGAAAAUUCCAGCCUCCUGGAGUCUCUCAGGAUUGCUAAGGAGGCCCUGGACAAUGAGAAAAAACAGAGGGCAAAAUAUACAGAGGAACUGAUGGGGAGACUGAAGAGCCUAGAGGAUGAGAUGGAGGCAGAGGAGAGACCCAAAUGGGACAACAAGGUGCAGUACCUGCUAACAUGUAUUGGCUUUGCAGUGGGACUUGGAAAUGUGUGGCGUUUUCCCUACUUAUGCCAAAUAUAUGGAGGAGGUGCAUUCCUCAUCCCUUACCUGAUAGCCUUAGUGUUCGAAGGCCUCCCCCUGCUCUACCUGGAGUUGGCUAUAGGACAGAGGCUCCGCAUGGGCAGCAUCGGUGUCUGGAACUCCAUCUCACCACUCCUGGGUGGAGUUGGCAUUGCCUCCAUGGUGGUGUCGUUCCUGGUGGGUAUUUUCUACAACACCAUCCUGGCCUGGGUGCUCUGGUACUUCUUUCACUCCUUCCAAAACCCCCUGCCAUGGAGCAACUGUCCACUCAAUGAAAAUCACACAGGCUAUGAUGUAGAGUGUGAGAAGAGCACUCCAGUGAACUACUUCUGGUACCGUGAGACCCUGAAUAUCACACCUGACAUUGAGGUCAGCGGCUCCCUGCAGUGGUGGAUGGUCAUCUGUCUGGCCAGCGCCUGGUGCGUCGUCUACAUCUGUUUCAUCAAAGGCAUCGAGUCCAUGGGAAAGGCUGUGUAUGUGACAGCCACCUUCCCUUACCUGGUACUGACUAUUUUCCUGAUUCGUGCCCUCACUCUGCCUGGAGCUACUGAUGGACUGGUUUACCUCUUCUCUCCUGAUUGGGAGACACUGAAGAACCCUCAGGUUUGGCUGGACGCUGCCACCCAGAUCUUCUUCUCUCUUUCUGUGGCCUUUGGAGGUCUCAUAGCUUUCUCCAGCUAUAAUGCAGAGAGAAACAACUGUGAGAGGGACGCUGUUCUAGUAGGUGUAAUAAACAGUGCCACAUCUCUGUAUGCCUCCAUACCCAUCUUCUCCAUCCUGGGAUUUAAAGCUACCACUGCCUACAACAAAUGCCUACAAGAAAACAUCUUGGCUCUGACCAAUUACUUCGAGUUUUCAGACCAGAACAUAACAGUGGAGAAUUACAAGCACUGGUUUGAGUAUCUAAAUCAGACAUCUCCCAAUGAAGUGGCCAGUUUGAACCUGAGGCACUGUGAGCUGCAAACAUUCCUUGACCAGAGCGCUUCAGGUACCGGCCUGGCUUUUAUUGUGUUCACUGAGGCAGUGAUAGAGAUGCCAGGCUCGCAGAUAUGGGCCAUAUUGUUCUUCAUUAUGCUCUUCAGCUUGGGCCUCUCCUCCAUGUUUGGCAACAUAGAGGGAGUCCUCACACCCAUCAAUGACCUCAAACUGGUGCCAAAGUGGAUCCCGAAUGAACUCGUAACAGCGAUCAUCUGUUUGGUAGCCUUCCUGACGGCUCUCAUCUUCACCCUGGGUUCGGGGAACUACUGGGUGGAGGUCUUUAACAGCUACGUGGGCUCUGUACCUUUGCUCAUCAUUGCAUUCUGUGAGAUUACUGGAGUCAUUUAUGUCCGUGGAAUGAAAACUUUCAGUGAAGACAUCUAUUUCAUGACUGGGAAGAAGCCCAACAUCUUUUGGAAGGCGUGCUGGAUGGUGAUCAGUCCUGUAAUGCUCAUGGUGGUGCUGAUUGCCUACGUGGUCGUUCAGGCACAGCAACACCCCACCUACCCCACAUGGAACCCAGCUUAUGAGCUAUUCCCCAAAACUGAAGUGAAGCCAUACCCAGACUGGGUCUUUGCCAUUAUCAUCCUCCUCUGUGUGGUGCCUGUGAUUUCCAUCCCUGUGGUGGUUGUCUACAAACUGAUCUGCUGUGGGCUGAAGAGGUCCUCUAACCGUGCUGAGCUAAACCCCUAUUGUAACGACGGCUUUGAGAUUGAAACCCAGGAACAGAAGAACCAGAGAGCUUAGGAAAUGUUUCAAGCAGAAAGCAAUGACUUUCCUUACAGUUAUAACCACUUCUGUGGCUCUUUCCUCUUAAAAUCACCGGAGAGCUGAUAUGUAAUCCAUCACUUUGAACUGUAAAACAGAAUUUCCUUUUAAUUUUUAAUGUUUACCUGUGUGAGGAUUUAUCAGGACGUGACAUAUGACGACUCAAAUUUGUCCCCUCAAUAUCAUAUUUAUUUAACAGCCAAAUUCUGUCCUUUUUACAUUGUGUAUUGUACAUGAUGUAAAUAACAUU